GCCCUUAGUAUCAGUUAAUACUGUUUUAGCUGUAGUCGAAUUAUCAUGACGGAGACCCGAAAACGUUGUUACUACGAAGUUUUAGAAGUUGAUAAAAAGGCAUCAGCUGAAGAAAUACGUAGUGCUUACAAAAAAAAGUCGUUGCAGUAUCAUCCAGACAGGAAUUUUGGGGAUCAGGAAGAGGCUGCAGCUAGGUUCAAGGAGGUUCUAAACGCUUACUCGAUUAUUAGUGAUCCUAACGAGCGUGCCUGGUAUGAUUCUCAUCGUGAUGCUAUUCUUCAAGGGGGCGACAAUUCCAACCCUGAUGAGUUGAAUCUCUACGACUACUUCACCAAUAGUUGUUUUGAUGGCUUUGAUGAUAGUGAUAAUGGGUUCUACACUAUCUACCGUAAUGUCUUUAAUACCCUUAUUAAGGAGGAAAGUGACUAUAAUAACCAAGCAAAAUCAUGGCCCAGAUUUGGGACCAGCAAAAGUGAUUGGAAUGAGAUUCAGUGUUUUUACUCUCACUGGAAGAACUUUAGUACAUUCAAAGAUUUUGCAUGGAAAGAUGAGUACAAAACCAAUGAAAUGAAAGAUCGAUACUCUCGACGAAUGGCAGAUAGAAUCAACCAAAAGGGACGUUCUUCUGCCAGAAAAGAGUAUAUGCAAACUGUCCAAAGCUUGGUUAAUUUUAUCAAUCGACGAGACCCACGGGUGAAGUUUUGGCUUGAAAAGCAGCAGGAGGAGGAACUACAGAGACAGGAAGAGUUAUCAAAAAGGGAAAGGAGUCGCCAGAUACGAAGAAACGAAGCUAUCAAAAAAAUAUGGGCCGAAGCUGCAGAGAAGGAGGCGCUCGAGGAUGCAGAGCGUGAAGCCAAUGGUGAGACCAUGGAUGGUUCUAGAUUAGAGCUUUUAUAUGAAAAAGCACGCCAAACAAAGGAAAUCUUAGAAGGCAAGGCUGAUCCUGGUUCGAUGGCAGGCUUUGCAAUGCUAGAGGGCGAUGACAUUAGCCCUCGGCAUGUCUAUAAUUGUCCUGCGUGUAAAAAGCAGUUUAAGGAUGGAAAACAAUAUAAGGAACAUAUUAAUAGUAAUAAGCAUAGGACUAAAGUGAAGCAGCUUGCCUCCAAGGGUAUAGACGUGACUGAGUUGAUGGGUGAAAAAAAAACACCAGAAACAGACCAGGAUCGGUAAUUUUUUUUCAAAAAAUAAGUUAUAAAUUAAAGCUAAUAUUGCUUAUCCUAAAUAAAUUAAGACUUGUAAUGCUGCUUCUA